AUGAACCGUCAAACGUACAGCAUGAGAGCCGGAGGAGGAGGCAAAAGUUUCAGCGCGGCCUCUGCUAUUAUUCCAAGCAGCAGCCGGGCGAGCUUUAGUUCCAUGUCUAUGGCACGAUCCGGAGGAGGUGGCGGUGGUUUUGGAAGGCUCGUUGGAGGAGGUGGUGGCGGCAGCGGCGGCACUGGUUUUGGCAGCAGGAGUCUCUACAACCUUGGUGGCACCAAGAGGAUUUCCAUUGGUGUUGGAAGCAGCUACCGGGCUGCUUUUGGAGGUGGUGCUGGUGGUGGCGGUGGAGGAUACGGCUUUGGUGGGAGUGCUGGUGGGCUUGGUUUUGGUGGCGGGCAUGGAGGUGGUGGAGGAUACGGCUUUGGUGGAGUAGGUGGCCUGGGAGGCUUUGGCGGAGGGUUGGGUGGUGGCAGAAGCCCAUCGGGAUUUGGUGUUGGCCCAGCUGGGGUCGGUACAAUCCAAGAAGUGACCAUCAACCAGAGCCUCCUGGCACCUCUGAACCUGGAGAUUGACCCAAACAUCCAGCAGGUGCGGAAAGAUGAGAAGGAGCAAAUCAAGACCCUCAACAACAAGUUUGCUUCUUUCAUUGACAAGGUUCGCUUCCUGGAGCAGCAGAACAAGGUGCUUGAGACCAAAUGGACCCUCCUGCAGGAGCAGGGGCAAAAAAACAACACGGGCAAAAGCAGCAUGGACCCCCUCUUUGAGGCUUACAUCAACAACCUGAGACGGCAGCUGGCCAGCCUGCUCAGCGAGCGGGGGCGCAUGGACGGGGAGCUGAAAAACAUGCAGGACCUCGUGGAGGAUUUCAAGAACAAAUAUGAAGAGGAAAUCAACCGUCGCACAGCAGCAGAGAAUGAAUUUGUGGUCCUUAAAAAGGACGUGGACGCUGCCUACAUGAAUAAGGUGGAGCUUGAGGCCAAGGUGGAUGCCCUGACUGAUGAACUCAACUUCCUACGGGCUCUCUACGAUGCGGAGCUGGCGCAGCUCAGUGCUCAGGUGUCCGACACUGCAGUCAUUCUGUCGAUGGACAACAACCGUGACCUGGACCUCAGCAGCAUCAUAGCCGAAGUCAAAGCUCAGUAUGAAGAUAUUGCUAACAGGAGCCGGGCAGAGGCUGAGGCUUGGUAUCAAACCAAGUUUGAAGAGCUGCAGGCCACUGCUGGGAAGCAUGGAGAUGACCUGCGCAACACGAAGGGGGAGAUUUCUGAGCUCAGCCGGCUGAUCCAGCGGAUUCGGGCGGAGAUAGAGAACACAAGGAACCAGUGUGCCACCCUGCAGACGGCCAUCGGCGACUCCGAGGAGCGCGGCGAGCUGGCCCUCAAGGACGCCAAGGCCAAGAUGACCGAGUUGGAGGAUGCGCUGCAGAAGGCCAAGGCCGACAUGGCCCGGCAGCUCCGCGAGUACCAGGAGCUCAUGAACGUCAAGCUGGCCCUGGACAUCGAGAUCGCGACCUACAGGAAGCUGCUGGAGGGGGAGGAGAGCAGGCUCAGCGGAGAAGGUCUGAACCCCAUCAGCUACUCCGUGAUCAGCUCCAGCUCAGGCCUGGCUGGCGGAGGAGGAGGAUUUGGUGGACUGAGUCUAAGCGGAGGAGGCGGCGGGAGCGGAUUUGGCCUCGGAGGAGGCGGCGGGAGCGGAUUUGGCCUCGGAGGAGGCGGCGGGAGCGGAUUUGGCCUCGGAGGAGGCGGCGGUGGAGGCUACAGCUUUGGAAGCGGAGGAGGACUCAGUCUCGGAGGCGGUGGCCUCGGGGGUGGAUACGGAGGCGGCAGCGGUCUCGCCCUGGGAGGAGGCAGCAGCCUGGGCACCGGCAGCGCUCACAGCUUCGGCGGCGGCGGCAGCGGCUUGAGCACCAGCGGAGGCAACUUCAGCUCUGGCAGCGCAAAGGGCACCAACCCCGGCGUGAAAAUCGUCUCCAAAACUUCCUCCAGCAAAAAGAGCAUCAAAAGCCAAAGCCUGAAGAACGCCGUGCAGCCUGAAUAG